UUUGAGCGCCUACCGUUCUUUUCCCCUCGGUCUGGUAGAGUGGCCGGGGGUUACCCUGUGGCCUACUGCUAGGGUAGGCUCGACGCCAAUCUCGGUGCUAGAUUCUGUACCAGGGUCCUGCCUGAUUCUUAGGGGAGCGGGUACUCCGGCAGACCACUGAGCUUACACGGGUGCCCUAGUCGUCGCCUUCUAGUAUGUUGCGCCCUACAGGCAUCCUUGCUAGUCGUCGGGCGGUACUGCGACGGGGUAUGCCUGCGGGCGAGCUGGUGAUGCUUGACCACAUCUAUCCUGACUUUGUGCGGCUCGGGAUCUUGCUUCCUCCGGUCGUCGAGGUACGUGUAAUCCUUGGAUUUCAUGCACGCGUUUUUUUACUCUUUUGUUGUGUUCUGACUUGUUGUUUGUCUGUGUUGCGGCCUGGGCCUACUGAUCUCGGCGGUUGGGUGCCGCCUGAUUGCAUGAUCCAUUAUACCACAGCGGGCGGGUCUAGGAUCAUGGAGGAGGUGCUUGUGAUCCCUGAUGAGGAGGGAUCUCACCCGUUGGUCCCUGCGGACGUUCCUAUGGUGCCUGCUAGGGUGGUCAACCAGGUAGUGCGCGUAGUUAACCAGCUAAAGGUCGCGUUGUCCUCGGCUCGGGCGGCUCUUUCCUGCAGCAACCCGAACUCGACUCAGACUGUCGUCUCGCAGGCCCAUAUGCAGGAGACGGUGCGAACUCCUCGGAGGGAUCGACAUUCUUUUGAGGGCGAUCGUGGCGCUUCCGAAUCGAAUGCUAGACCGCGCUUUUCAGAUGCUGGUCUGGGUCAGAGAGCUGUGCCGCCACCAACUGGGCCUAGGAGGAGUUACACUGGGCCAUUUGGGGUGCCACAGUCUCAGAUGGGUUGACAGGCUCCUUCUUUUCCGCCAUUCCAGACUAGUUGCCAGCCUCAGCCGUUUCAGCAGCCCUUCCGUGCUGGGUGGGUGCCCGCGCCGCAGACGCAGAGUUAGGAUUCCUCUCAGUUCGAGACCCUGUUUGAUGGUCGAUCUGCACGAUUCGCAAGGUGCUGACACGAGUGGUGGUGCCCAUGGCGAUGAGGAUGGGCCUCAGUAGGCCGUAUACAUGCAUUUGCUAGUUUGGACAUGUAUUAUUUUUCGUAUCGUGCU